CUCCCACUGGGGCGGGGAAGAACGAUGGCGGCGAGCAGUACCCGGUGAGAGGAGAGGGCACAGGGAUUCCGGGAGCAGCCAGAAGUGUGUAUUAUGGCCACAUCUUCACACACUCUCUCCUCACGCCGCCUCCUGACAGGUUGGGUAGGAGGAUGUGUCUGGUAUCUGGAAAGAAGAGCUGUGCAGGAAUCCCCUCACAAGUUUAUGCACCUUUUGAAGAAUGUCAACAAGCAGUGGAUUACAUUUCAACACUUUAACUUCCUCAGACGCAUGUAUGCCACACAACUGAGCAGAAGUCUCAACCAGCAAGUAAAACCUAAGCCAGAGCCAAUGACAUCUUCUUUCCUUGAAAAAACAUCUUCGUGUCAAGCCAAAACAGAAAUAUAUGAGAUGCGAUCUCUUUCACCGCCCAGCCUGUCUUUGUCCAGAAAGCCCAAUGAAAAAGAAUUGAUAGAACUAGACUCUCCUGCAAUAAUUGAGGGCUCAAUAGAAACAGGAAAAGAGACAGAAAAUGAAAAACAGUGGAAAGAGAUGAAGCUGCAUCUGGAUGAUUUGCCAGGAAUUUUGGCUCGACUAUCCAAAAUCAAACUCACAGCUCUAGUUGUAAGUACCACUUCAGCUGGGUUUGCCUUGGCUCCAGGACCUUUUGACUUGCCCUGCUUCCUGCUCACUUUUGUUGGAACAGGCCUCGCGUCAUGUGCUGCCAACUCCAUCAAUCAGUUUUUUGAGGUGCCAUUUGAUUCAAACAUGAAUAGGACAAAGAACAGACCUCUGGUUCGUGGACAGAUCAGUCCAUUGCUCGCCGUGUCUUUUGCUACUUGCUGUGCUGUUCCAGGAGUUGCCCUGCUGACCUGGGGGGUGAAUCCACUGACAGGGGCCCUAGGAGCCUUCAACAUUUUCCUAUAUACCUGCUGUUACACACCACUGAAGAGGAUCAGCAUUGCCAACACGUGGGUUGGAGCGGUGGUUGGGGCCAUCCCGCCUGUGAUGGGCUGGACAGCAGCCACAGGCAGCCUCGAUGCUGGAGCAUUUCUUUUGGGAGGAAUCCUCUACUCUUGGCAGUUCCCUCACUUCAACGCCCUGAGCUGGGGCCUCCGAGAAGACUACUCCCGGGGAGGCUACUGCAUGAUGUCAGUCACGCACCCAGCCCUAUGCAGGCGUGUUGCCCUGCGCCACUGCUUGGCCCUGAUUGGACUGUCCACAGCAGCCCCCCUCCUGGAUGUCACCACAUGGACUUUCCCCAUCAUCUCCCUCCCCAUCAACUUGUAUAUCUCCUACCUCGGCUUCCGGUUCUACACAGAGGCAGACCGGAAGAGCUCCAGGAGACUGUUCUUCUGCAGCCUCUGGCAUCUGCCCUUGCUCCUGCUUCUCAUGCUCACCUGUAAGCAGCCACAGGGCAGGAAAAGCAACAAGGGAGAGCCCCAAGCAUGA